UGAACACAGUAUAUUCUAUGCUAAAUCAGUGCUUGUUGAUACUGAGACCUCUUCAUAAAUAAUUCAUAACUGCUUACUAAAGUACCAUUUAGAGAACUAUAUGGUAUUAAUGCCAGAUACUGCUCUGAUGGCGCUUUGUUGAGCCGCAUAUUAGGUCCGAAUCUCACUAGGAGCUGUACCCUGCGCUGUUUGAAGAGACCGACACAAGGAUGGCUAAGGAGUUCUACAUUAGCCGAAUGGAUUCAAAGGUCGCAGACACGAUCGCUGCUGUGCAGCUUGCAUUGGACAAACGGCUCGUUAAGUCCGUCAGAACGCAACGAAAAGUGAUUUGUGUUCCGGGAUGUCGAGAUGAGAUUAUAGCUGGUAACAUUAGUAUUAAAAGUCUGAAGCACGAAUAUCGAUAUGAAGAUUGCUCUUCAUCUCCUAGUUCUAUCAACUCGAGGAGUCUUUCAAUUGAAGGCACCUACCGAAUCGUCGAUAUUCGACAAGAAGACGCACCACUGACCAACCUGCGCACACAGACUUUGGAGGGUCUGAGACAGCCACGGAACCAAAAGUACCUACCGUCUCUGCUCUUGUGGGGAGAUGAAGGUCAGCAGCUGUACGAUGAAAUCGUAAGGUCAAAGCACUAUUACCCGUACAGGGUUGAAAGUGAGCUCUUGAAACUGAAGGUCGGCGAUAUUGCGCGGAAGAUAGCGAGCACAGGCAGCGAUGUCCUUCUGGAGCUUGGGGCUGGCAACAUGGAGAAGACUGGCCUCAUACUGCGCCAUCUUGAUGCACUAGAUACACCUUUGACAUACUACGCCCUCGAUGUCGACCAUACAGCUCUCGAAUACGCUCUCAAGUCUUUACAAGACAGCUUGAAGCUCCGUAAUAUCAACCUUUGUGCCCUUCAAGGCACCUAUGAGGAUGCUGCGAAAUGGCUAGCGACAUCUGAGGAAGCACGAGGGAGAAAGAAGACGAUCGCAUGGUUAGGCAAUAGUAUUGCAAACCUCGAGCAAGGCGAGGCUGGUGACCUACUAGGUCGUUUCAGUGAAGCUCAAGGGGUUGAAUGCCUCCAAGGAUUCAUCAUUGGCAUCGAUGGAUGUCAGGACGUGUCACGAAUAAAUAAAGCGUAUGAUAUCCCGGGAGGUGCCACACGGCGGUGGGUUCGGUAUGCAUUGAAAGCCGGUAGACUUCAACUCGGGCCUGAAGCCGAUGCCGUUCUCCAUGACGACAAUUGGCAGUGGGCAGCAGCCUGGAAUCCCGGAAAUCAUCGCUAUGAGAACUACCUUACCGCCAGGAAGACAUUGACCGCGACCAUCGACGGUACGAUGGUCAAAAUUGAAGAAGGAGAGCGUUUGCAUACUCUGAGUAGCGGCAAAUGGACGAGAAGCGACGUUGACCGAAUGUGCUCGCCGCAAGGUCUCGUACUAGCCGACAUAUGGAGUAGUCCUGAUGUUGGUUAUGGUAUUUACUGGCUUCAGCCAGCCGAGUGAUGGGUGGCUGUUGAUGGCGGGAGCCUGACCUUCGGCGUGAUUGGAUGGAUUAUUGGCCAGAUGGUGAGAAUACCUAGCGGUAGGUGUAAAGGUGUUUCUCAAUAAAA